CCCGAAGCGCCUCGGUCCAGCCGAAUAACCCUGCCGCGCUCAGAGUGGCCGACUGUUUUCACGAGAUGGAGCGGCCAGUGAAGGAGCAGUAUCCGUGGGUGACCUCGGACAGACGCGACUACAGCUGGCGAGGCAUCAGGUCAAAGGCCUUCAACCUGGUGAGCCUGCUGCUUUUCCUGUGGCGGGCGUCGGCCUUCUACGUGCUCUACGUGACGCGCCAGCUGCUGGACCAGGCGCUGAACCUGCUGUUCGAGUGGGCGUACCGGCGACCGCGCCCUCCACUGCCGCCACCGCGGCAGUCGCUUCUCCGACUCUCGGUCAGCCAGCUGGCGGACAAGAUCCGCGCGCGUCAGCUGACCAGCGAGCUGCCCCGCUUCGCCGAGGCGCUCGCCGAGGCGCGCGCCGCUGACGCCGAAAUCGCCCUGCUGCACAAUCAGCUGCUGGCCGAGACGCAGGACGCGCAUGAGUCCGACCGGCAGCUGCUGGUGGGCCCGCUCAGCCAGCACGCCGAGGACCUGCGCCUGGUGGCGCAGAUUAUGGCGCACGGCCCGGUGGCCGCCGCUCGGCUGCGCGAAACCGUGCCCGUCGCGCAGCUGCGCGUGCUCCGCGCCGACUUGCCUGCGCUGCUGGCCAGCGUGGUGCCGUGUGGCCAGAGCGGUGCUGGCCUGCCGCUGGCCGUGCAGGCGGUGGCGGCGCCCGGCGCCGACCACCUCUGCCUGGCGGCGGCCGAGGCGCUUCGGGACGAGUGGGGCGCCGCCGAGCCGGUCUGGGCCGCCGUGGAGACCGGCGACAGUCCGCCGGGUGCGCCCGCCUCGUAG